GAAUCAUAGCUCCUUUCCCCGCCUCUUCACUGAUGAGGUAACGAAGACGCUAGUGUAUCAUCAUGAUGGAUGGUAAUAGUACGAAGUCAGCGGCUCUGGUACUGAUGGCUGCUCUCACCCUCGUUGUCUCCCUCUUUCCUCUAUACUUACGCAGAGUCCUCCUACGCAAGAUACAUUCUGCCACCAGCCAGAUUAUACUAAGCGGGUGUUUGUGCUUCGGUGCUGGAGUUCUGAUGGCCACCGUGUUUUUACACCUUCUGCCAGAGACGAAGGAAACAUAUGAUCACGCUAUGAAUGUCGGAUAUAUGGUUGCUGUUGAUUAUCCACUGGCGGAGUUGAUCAUGUGCAUUGGUUUCUUCUUCGUUUAUUUGGUCGAGGAAGUUAUCCACAGUUGUCUCAACACUCACGAGCAGCAGCAAGAACAGGAUGUGUUAGCCACUCCAGGGGGUACGAGAGAUAAUGAAGAUGUAAACAAAGCAAAAAUAAUGACCUCUGUGAAGAGGAAAAAACAUCCAUCCAUUGAAUGUAACGUUACAGGAGUUGAGCUGCAAACAAACGAGGCAUUCGAUGAUGAUGAACACAUCACUCCAGCCCCAGAAAACGAAUGUUCUGAGCAGAGUGCCCAUACCACACCUCACAUCCACCAUCAUGUCUCUGGUCUUAACAAAAGCACCUCCGUUAUGGAAGCCGUUGUCGUAGUGAUUGCUUUGUCGUUCCAUAGCAUCAUGGAGGGUUUGGCAAUUGGACUUGAGAGUAACAUUGCAGACGUUUGGAUCCUCUUUGGUGCAGUGGUAGCUCACAAGUUUGUCAUAGCCUUUUGUAUAUCCAUGGAGCUCCUAGAGGUCAGGUUAUCCUUUAAACCCUUCAUGGCAUCCAUUGUCAUUUUUUCUUUGGCUUCCCCCAUUGGUGGCUUCAUAGGCGUCCUCCUGCUGUCUCUCGCAACUGAAGAAACUAGUGCAAAUGUCUUAAUACCCAAUGUGCUCCAGUCGAUUUCGGCUGGUACGAUACUGUACGUUGCCUUCUGUGAGGUUCUAGAGAGAGAACGAGCUAAGAAUGAAAGAGGCUUGGUACGGUUAUUGGCUCUUUUCGCUGGGUUCUGUGUGAUGGCGGGAUUGCAGUGUCUUGACAAGGAUGGGGAAAAUCUCAAAAAAAUGACUACGACCCUGCCCUUCCCAUCCUCGAUAGUGGCAGUGUAAGGGGCAAAAUAAUGCUAUUAAAGAUUUUAAUACUGAGAAAACUAGAUUUUUUUAGAUAACUGUAGCGCAUUUUGUGGCCAAAGAAUCUAUGUAUAUAUAAUGUUGUCACAGAGAAUUCGCAAGCUGAAUGUAUAUCAGUAAAAUUUAAGAAUAUUGUAUCUUGGUAGUUUUACAAAGAAAGAAGAUAAUAAAAUCAUCUUUGGCAUUUCAUAUUUUGUUACUAAUGAGGUCACAAUGCAUCUCGGCUUUAAUUAAGAAAACAGUGAAUAUUUAACUAGUUAUUUGCAAACAGUGAAGAAGAAUUGUAAUGAAAAGUCAAAGUCUUAGGUUAAGGAAAACACAAUUUACGUACAAAGUCUUGAAUCAUUAGUGUAAAUUUGAGAAAUGCGUUUUUCAGUGAGAAAU